AUGUCCGCAAAUAACUUUUUUCUAUUUUUUCCAGUUAAUCAACAAAAAUAUACAAAUAAUUAUUUUAUUAACCCAAUUAAUAAUAUUUCUAAUAAAAAUAAUAUAUUCCCGAAUAAUACUCCACCAAUACCUCCAGCAACUUGUUACCGUCUUCCUUCAACUUCUUUAAAUUUAUUUCCUUUACAACAACAAAAUUCUUUUUUAAAUUAUUAUUAUCCUUCUAAUUAUGUAAUUAAUAAUGGGGGUAAUUGUGGAAUUAAAAAAGUAGCUCCAUCGAAAGAAAUAAACAAUAAAGAAGAAAAUGAAGAGGACGAAGAGCAAGUUGUGGAUGUUGAAAGUUUAAUUAAUGAGGAAGAGGAACAAAAAGAAGAGGAAAGUUUAGAAGAAGAUAAAAAUAAAGAGGUAAAUAGUGACAGUCUUAAAAUGAGGCGAAGGAAUAUUUCAAGAAAAACAGUUUGGAGGCCUUAUUAA